UUGUUUACUGGCUCUCACAAGGAGACACGCAAAGACACGACAACCUGACGGCGGACGGGCGAGCUCCACUCGGAACUUUUUACGCAUCGUUUUCUUUUGAAAACUGUUUCUGUUUUGUACCUCAUCACCAGCGCUAGCGACGACAUAGCUAUUUAACGUGUGUGUGUGUUUUUCCCCCCUUACAUUUCACACCGAAAGCUGGUUUGUUUUGGAUUAGCUAGCUAGCUUUAGCUGCCCCCCUUUUCCUCCUCCUCCUCCUCCUUCUCCUCCUCCUUCUUCGUCUUCUUCCAUCGGCUAAUCUGAAAGAAAAGAAACAAGACGACUUUUUUCACUACAUCUUAUUUAUGUUUGGGAGGGACGAGGAGACGUUCAUCUUCCAAGUUUGUCCCCCGCUUUCGGAUACUUUCCCCUUCCGCUUGGAGCUUUUAUGAGGGCUAGUGUUGGCGGCGUGGUGCUGCCUCGAAAAGGGUGAAGGAGUUCAUGGGAUGGUCGUAGUGUGUGUUGGAAAGGAAAAUAAGCUCCACUUUGUCCACGUUUUUUCCAAAAAGGAGUUUUUUGAAUUUUUAUCUGCAACUGGACCUAUAACUUGGAAGCUCCCACUAGGAGAUAAAUGAAUGAGAGCUACCGACUGGUCGGAUACUACCGACAGUAAAAGUGGAGAAGACGACACAUGGAUGCAGACAGCCGCCUUCACUUAUGGAAAAUGAACAUUUUCACUCCAACGUGUGUCACCACCAUAGAGGACCACCUCAUUUAGUGGUCUGCAUUUUCCCUUCAAGGCGCAAAAACACCAAGAACUUGUCUGGGGAGAUCCUUUUAUCACCGAUCCCUGUUGACGGGGUGCAGCUUUGAUUUAAGCCGUAUCACUGUUGAACAAAUACUUUUGUCACACCAUUUGUUGUUUUUUUUCCCCAAAAAUGAGGCUCAGACUGGAAGCACAACUUGUGCUUUUUCUGCUCAUUUGUAGCUGCAUUAUAAGCCAGCAUGGACUCAUUAAGGGAGAAAUUUGUCAAAGCAAGGACAUCCGCAACAAUGUGACCAACCUGCAGACGCUGGAGAACUGCACCAUCAUCGAGGGCCACCUGAAGAUCCUGCUCAUGUUCAAGACCAAGACCGAGGACUUCCGGGGCCUCAGCUUCCCGAAGCUGCGGGUAGUAACCGACUACAUGCUGCUCUUCCGCGUCUACGGCCUGGAUUCCCUCACCGAUCUCUUCCCCAACCUGACGGUGAUCCGCGGCAACAACCUCUUCUUCAACUACGCCCUUGUGAUUUACGAGAUGCUGCAGUUGAAGGAGGUGGGCCUUCACAGCCUCAUGAAUAUCACCAGGGGGGCGGUGAGGAUAGAGAAGAACCCGGACCUCUGCUACCUGGCCACUCUGGACUGGUCCAAGAUCUUGGACUCGGUGGAGGACAACUACAUCGUAGAAAACAAGAACGACCGGGAGUGUGGCGACGUAUGUCCCGGCACGGCCCAAGGUCAGACCAUCUGCCCGCAGAACACCAUCAACGGUCACUUCAGGGGACGAUGCUGGUCCCAGAACCACUGCCAGAGAAUGUGCCUGGACCGCUGUAAGCAUGGUGCUUGCAACCUCCAGGGCCAGUGCUGCCAUGACCAGUGCCUUGGCGGCUGCUUGGAGCCGGGCAAUGCCAGCAGCUGCGUGGCCUGCAGGAACCUCCAGCACGCCAACACCUGUGUGGAGAAGUGUCCCUCUGGAUACUACGUCUUCAGGGGCUGGCGCUGCGUCAGCUUCUCCUUCUGCCAGGCGCUCCACGACCAGUGUAAGGAGACCAAGAGGCUAAACCAAGGCCGGGAGUCUGGUUGCCAUGAAUACGUCAUCCACAACGGCGCCUGUAUUCCAGAGUGUCCUUCUGGAUACACCACUAUAAACUCCUCCAUGCUGACGUGCUCGCCGUGCGCGGGGCUUUGCCCUAAACUGUGCGUGGGGAAUAAAACCAUCGACUCGGUCACCUCUGCCCAGGCCUUGAGAGGAUGCACCGUUCUCCACGGCAACAUGAUCAUCAAGAUCCGAGGAGGGAAUAACAUUGCUGCCGAGCUGGAGGCCAGUUUGGGUCAGCUUGAGGAGAUCACAGGCUACCUGACCGUUCGCAGAGCCUACGCCCUCGUGUCCCUCUCAUUCCUACGCAAACUGCGCACCAUCAAGGGGGAGCAGCUUGAGGGAGACAUCUAUGCCUUCUAUGCACUGGACAACCAGAAUCUGCGUGAGCUGUGGGACUGGUCCAAGCACAACCUGACCAUCCAGCGUGGCCGAACCUUUUUCCACUAUAACUCCAAACUGUGCAUGUCGGAAAUCCGGAAAAUGGAGGAGGUGACGGGUACCAAAGGGCGCAACCAAAAGAACGACAUUGCCGUGCGCACCAACGGGGACCAAGCCUCUUGUGAAACCAAGCUGCUGAAAUUCACUUUCAUCAAGACGGCAUCAAACAAGAUUUUGGUGAGGUGGGAGCCCUUUUGGCCGUUGGAUUUCAGAGACUUGCUGGGAUUUAUGGUUCUCUACAAAGAAGCGCCCUACAAGAACGUGACGGAGUUCGACGGGCAGGAUGCCUGCGGGUCCAACAGCUGGGUGAUCGCCGACGUGGACCCACCGGCCCGCGUCACCGACAACAAGGAGCAGAGCGAACCGGGCCAUUUGAUCCGACCCCUGAAGCCUUGGACCCAGUACGCCAUCAUGGUCAAAACCCAACUGUCUGCGUCGGACGAGCAUCAGGUUCAGGGGGCCAAGAGUGAGAUCAUCUAUGUCCGCACCGACGCCUCCAAGCCUUCCGUGCCUCUGGAUCCCAUUUCCUCCUCCAACUCCUCCUCUCAAAUCAUCCUGAAGUGGAAGCCUCCCACCAAUCCCAACGGCAACAUCACACACUACCGGGUCAUCUGCCGCAAGCAGCCCGAGGACAGUGACCUCUACAAGUUUGACUACUGCCUGCAAGGAAUGAAGCUGCCGUCCCGGACCCCGACCCACUUGGACAGCGAGGACGAGCAGAAGUGGAACCACACAGACGAGCCCAACAUCGGCGGCAAGUGUUGCGCCUGCCCCAAGACGGACAUCCAGCUCAAGAAAGAGCAGGAGGAGAUCGAGUACCGCAAGACCUUUGAGAACUACUUGCACAAUGAGGUCUUUGAGAGCAGACCUUCACGUAGGCGACGCUCAGUGGGAGUCGCCAACGCCACCGAAUUGCCUUUCCUACUUCCCACAAUGCCCAGCUUUCCCGAUGAUGCUACCAAAGCCGCACCCAAAGACGAGGACGAGGAGGGAGCCAAGGUUGAGCUGAAGGUCUUCUCCAAGGAGUCGACCGUCAUCUCCAACCUGCAACACUUCACCAGUUACAAGAUCGAGAUCAUGGCCUGCAACCAUCCCACAGACCUCAAGCGCUGCAGCAUGGCCACGUACAUCAGUGCCAGAACCAUGCCUGAAGAGAAAGCCGAUGACAUCCCAGGCCAGGUGAGCCAUGAGAUCAUGAACGGCGAGCCCGCCUCCGUGUUCAUUAAAUGGAAGGCACCCCCCUCCCCGAAUGGCCUCAUCAUCCUAUAUGAAGUGUUCUACAGGAAGGUCGGCGAGACUGAGGUUCACACAGCUUGUGUGUCUCGACCUGCUUACCUCAAGUCUGGUGGCACCAAGCUGUCGCUCGUGCACCCUGGGAACUACAGCGUGAGGGUCCGUGCCACCUCCUUGGCGGGAAACGGCUCCUUUACAGAAACCACCUACUUCUUCAUGCCCAACAAGGAUCCCGGCAUAAUCGGGGUUGUCAUUGGCCCAGUCAUCUGCUUCAUCCUGCUGCUAGUGGUGGGAUGUGUGGUCUUCAUGAUCUUCAAGAAGAAGCAAGCAGAAGGACCAACUGGCCCUCUUAUUGCCUCCUCAAAUCCUGAGUACCUCAGUGCCAAUGAUGCCUACGUUCCUGACGAGUGGGAGGUCCCCCGUGAGAAGAUCACGGUGCUCCGAGAGCUGGGUCAGGGCUCCUUCGGCAUGGUCUACGAAGGAAACGCCAAGGACAUCGUCAAAGGCGACCCGGAGACCCGCGUGGCCGUCAAGACGGUCAACGAAUCCGCCAGCCUGCGGGAGAGGAUUGAGUUCCUCAACGAGGCCUCCGUCAUGAAGGCCUUCAGCUGCCACCAUGUGGUACGCCUCUUAGGCGUUGUGUCCAAGGGCCAGCCCACCCUGGUAGUGAUGGAGCUCAUGACACAUGGCGACCUGAAGAGCUACCUGCGAAGUCUCAGGCCAGACUCUGAGAACAACCCAUCAGGCCGCCCUUCACCUACCCUGAAGGAGAUGAUCCAGAUGGCUGCAGAAAUUGCAGACGGCAUGGCCUACCUCAACGCCAAGAAGUUUGUGCACAGAGACCUGGCAGCCAGGAACUGCAUGGUGGCGGAGGACUUCACCGUCAAGAUUGGAGACUUUGGGAUGACGCGGGACAUCUACGAGACAGACUACUACCGCAAAGGGGGGAAGGGCCUGCUCCCUGUCAGGUGGAUGGCUCCGGAGUCUCUGAAGGACGGAGUCUUCACUGCCCACUCUGACUGCUGGUCGUUUGGGGUGGUGCUGUGGGAGAUCAGCACACUAGCGGAGCAGCCUUACCAGGGCUUGUCCAACGAGCAGGUGCUUAAAUUUGUCAUGGACGGGGGAUACCUGGACCGCCCUGACAACUGUCCCGAGAGGAUGCACAACUUAAUGCAGAUGUGCUGGCAGUACAAUCCCAAAAUGCGGCCCAUGUUCCACGAGAUCAUCGAGAUGCUGCGGGAGGACCUGCACCCGUCUUUCCAGGAGGUCUCCUUCUUCUACAGCGAGGAGAACAAGAUUCCUGAGACGGAGGAGUUUGACCUGGACCUGGACAACAUGGAGAGCAUCCCCCUGGACCCGUCCUCUUACUCGCAGAGAGAGGAGAGCUUAGGCAGGGACAGCGGGCCCUCUGUGGCCCUCAGGGGGAACUAUGAGGAGCACGUUCCUUACACACACAUGAACGGCGGCAAGAAAAACGGACGCAUCUUAUCUUUGCCCAGAUCCAGCCCUUCCUAACAUUUCCUGGAAGAACGCGUGGAACUGGCCCAACACCUCAACCAUCUUUCUUUCUCCUCCAUCCCGCUCUCGUUUCCUUAUCUUCCUCCUUUCUCCUCCUCAACCCACACGGAUCUCAGGACUUUUGACUUUUCUUCCUCAUGGCUGCCAAACAGGCUCGCAAGGGAUGCAAACAGCACGCGCCUCUUUUCCGCUAAUGGCGGAAACACACACACACACACACACACACACACACACACACACACACACACACACACACAAAGAACUGUGAACACAACUAAGCUGGCUGCUUCUGUUGGACCUCCUCAGCACUUGCGGUGGCUCUCCUCUCCUCCCGCUGAACUUCCACUUGAGUCUUCAGACUUUCUGUACCAAGAUGGUGGCCUUGUGAUGCGUGGCCUCCCGAGAAAGACACCGGUUUCUCCGCUUGCGCUUUCUUUUCACGUUGGAUCCGUUGGACGGCUGGGAUGAAUCCAUCGUUGAACAAACGGCUCGUCCUGGAGCAACAUCGGCUCUUUUUUGUGUUUUUUUUUUUUUUUCCCAGAAUUCCAGAACGACGCGCAUGUUGAUGGGGUGAAUAGUUUUAAUUUAUUUGCUUUUAUUUCUUUGUUUUCUUACGUGUCCUCACUUAUAUGGCUGAAGGAUAUUUAAACAGUUAUUCAUUGGACAAAGGAGUUCCUCAGACUGACCAAUAGCUGCUGCUGCUUUCAUAUAUUUUACUAGCUAUAGAAAUCUAAAAAUGGAUAUAAUAUAUAUAGUAUAUAUGGAAUCUUGGUGCUCAGGUACCAACAUUUUAUAUAUAUAAUAUAUGAUGUUUUUGUAUAUAGUUCAUAUUUGUAAUAUUUUUCAUCAAAAGCUUUGUUAGUACCUAGAUUUUUAUUUUUUGCCAGUUUUCUUUUCCUUCAAAUGUUUUUAUUUUUGUAGCCCCCACAAAUCCACCAUCAGUGCUCUGGUAGUGUGAGCGCGCCCGGGUGGGAAAUUGCCUCUGAAUCCUUUCUAUUUUUUGUUGACUCACCCUCGGGCCUCCCGGAGCAGACCUUUUAUUUUUAAGGAUGAGGGGGAAAAAAGAGAGAAAAAAAAGCUUUAAAAAGGGGGGGUGGGGGGUGAUGAGGUCACAUGAUGUGUGUGGUGAGGCCUGAUGAAUGUACUUCCUGUUUGAUAGCAGCACCAGCCCUCCCAUGGUCCUCUCAUAGGUUCUAGAUUCUCCUCGGUUGGGUUCUUGUCCUGUUUGUGAUGGUUCUCCUCAGGUUCCACCACCGUCUUUACAAGCGAUGGUUGCAGCAGGCGGCGCCAAUACAGACGAUUCCUACAUCAUCUAUGUUUGUUCAUGAAAGGGGUUGAUGAAACUGUAAUUUCCCUCGCUCGGUGGCGCCUCCAUGCCCUUUUUGUGCUUUGAUCCACUUGGGACGCUUGAGAACAUCCCAGAUGCGUCUGGUGCCUGCCGUGCAUUGUAGCGGCCUGCAGCCGUCGUGUUUUGUCGGUAUUGCAUGGUACCUACUCGGCUCCUCUCGUGUUUCCAUCGACACAAGCAAGUACUGUUUCUAGUCCAAGCGUGCCGAGCUGAUGAUAGCCGGCACAUUUGUCACUGUAACCUUUGAGGACACACGGCCUGCCACGCAUGCUAACCUACACUGUAGCGCUGCCUUAGUUACCAUGCUAUACUCCUCAGUCUUCACUUGGAUAAAAUGGCUACUUAGCGUGGUCAGUAGCUACAUGCUGGAAGGAACUACAGGAGCCCCUCCUCCUCCCGCCACUUUGCUGCAGCUGCCCUCAGUCUCCUAAAGGAUAAAAGUACUCCUUACUGUAGCCAAUCGUCACAUUCUGGCAAGUAAAUACAGGAGACCCUUCUUUCUUAUUUUGCUAUAGCUGCCUUUAGUCUCCCAUUGGAUAAAGUUAGUCUCCUUCUGUGGUCAGUAGUUCCACUUCCCUCCAAAAGUUUGGGAACACCUGAAGGUGUUUCCAAAUUUUCGGAGGGCAGUGUAUGUCUGACAAGUAAAUACAGGAACCCCUCAUUCUCCUCUACUUUGCUGUAGCUGCCCUCAAUCUCCUACUGAAUAAAACUACAGUAGUGUCCAAACGCUAGCCAAUAGUUGCGUACUGUAAUGACUAGUAAAUACAGGAGACCCUCAUUCUCCACUUUACUGAAGCUGCCCUCAGUCUCCUAGUGGAUAAAACUACAGUAGUGUCCAUACCAUGGUCAAUACUUGCAUACUGUAAUGACUAGUAAAUACAUGAGGCCCUCAUUCUCCACUUUACUGAAGCUGCCCUCAGUCUCCUAGUGGAUAAAACUACAGUAGUGUCCAUACCAUGGUCAAUAGUUGCCAACUGUAAUGACUAGUAAAUACAUGAGACCCUCAUUCUCCACUUUACUGGAGCUGCCCUCAGUCUCCUAUUGGAUAAAAUGUCUCAUUUAUGUGCCCAGUGAUCCCAUGCUGACAAGUAAACCCAGCAGGCCCUCAUUCUCCUCCACUGUUGUGGUUUGUUGGAGUGACUUGAAGCUGAUUGUUGUAUGAAGCAGGUCGAGCCCAGUCGUGUGGGUAAGGUGCAGUGGGGAGCGUGCCCCAUCAGGCCUGACGUUGCGGGAUUCUAGUCACUCGCUCCUGUUUUUGACACCCUUGACGUGACGUUUGUCUCGGACGGUCAGCGUUGAUGCUUUGAUGGACUUCCUUCAAGCGUCUUCUGACGUUUCAGACCACGAGUGUGACCGGCGGCGCAGCAGCCACAGCCACGGCAGCCUUCCGGGAACGCCCUCGCUCACGUACCAGUGCCUUCUCAUUAUUGAAGAAAAGCAUCAAUGGGGGCGUGUCUUCACACGACCACGGAAAUGCGGCGGACACGCUACGAACACUGUGAACAUCAACCACGCUAGUUCCUUUCCAUGGCACCCACAACUCACUCGCUCGUUUAGUUGGGACGAAGAGCAAAAAGGAAAUGGCGGCGUGUGGGGGUGGAGCCACGCCACAGCCUACUUUGUUCUUAUGGUUAUCUUAUGGUUAUCUUAUGGUUAUCUUAUGGUUAUGGUUGUGGCCGAGAGUCUACCUCAGUGCACACGGACGAAUCCAUCAGCAUCACAUCAUCAACCUAUCACACUCAAACUCUAAACCUCUCUGCCUUACACACACACACACACACACACACACACACACACACACACACACACACACACGCUCUUCUUCUAUUAUUGGGCCCUUAAAGGUACUUCUAC